UCUUCCAUAAUACCUUUCGAACCGACUGAAUACAAUCUAAAUCACUGAGAAGGAUGGAGCUCCUCACAGUUGAGUUGUACAACUGUUUUGUAUAUUCAGGAUGUGGCACGGAAGAUUAAUUAUUAGGCCAAGGAACAGUUCAAAACUUUAUAAUUGGAAUAGACCUGUAGCCUAUUCAAUGAUGACAAUAAUUCAUUUCAUUUUCAUUUUUAUUUGAUGAAUAAAUUUAUGUUAUUUCUAUUCUUAAAUAAUAAUCUUCAUGUUCAACUGUACAGCACUAUACUUCUGAGCCCUAAUACAGAGUAUGAAAUGUUUGCAUUUGAAUAAGUCAAAGAGUAAAGUAAAAAAAGUAAAGCGAUUCAUCCAUCAUUGUAGAAGGAUUACUCAAUACAUAUCAGAUACGAGCAGCAUGUUUACAUCGCUGCAGAUGGUUAAAAAUUCUAGUUAAUACUGUUAUCAGACUUGACCUUGACUUCAAAACUUUCCAAAUUGAAAAAGAAACAUUACAUAAUCUGUGUUCACAUAACUUCACAGAGUAUCACAUGAGGCAAAGAGUUAAAGCCAAUUAAAAUAGUACUUCAGUAGCUGUCCUACAUCUCAAUUUAAAACAUAGCAGUUAAGUGUUGGUUACUUGUUACCAGUGAUUUUUGUAUAUCAGCUCCUCUUACACAUAACAAGUCACAGCUGGUGUGGAUAAGUUCUAUUCCAAUUUAUACCUUUACCAUGGCUCCCCACGUGGCAGUGAUUGGAGCUGGAAUUAUUGGACUGAGCACAGCUGUGUUAGCCCAAGAGAAAAUUCCAGGCCUUCAGGUCACUAUCAUCUCUGAGCACUUCAGCCCUCAUACCACAGGAGAUGGCUCUGCUGGACUUUGGAUGCCAUACUGUCUCAAAGAUACACCACAAAAUAAAAUUCUACGCUGGUCCAGCAAGACAUAUGAUCACAUUCUAAAGUUGUGGAAAAGCAAUGAAGCAGGAGAUGUAGGAAUAUCACUAAUUCCCGUCUAUAAGUUAACAGAGAAGUCAGGAGGAGAAGAUAUGGAACAGCCAGAAUGGACAAAAGUUCCACUAGCACACCACAUCAUAAACAGUCACCAAGCUCAGAAACUGGCAUCACUCAGUGAUUCCAAGUUCACAGGUGGUACACACUGCAUCUCAUUCACACUUGAGCCAACAUAUUUCUUGCCAUACCUGAUGCAGAAGUUCAAGGUGAAUGGAGGAAAAGUGUUGCAUCAGAAGGUGGAGAGUCUGCAACAGUUCUGUGGGCAAAACUAUGAUGUUGUGAUAAACUGCACUGGUGUGCAAGCUCACAACCUGGUGGGUGACAAGUCAGUUCAACCAGUGAGAGGUCAGGUUUUAAGGGUGAAUGCACCAUGGGUGUUCCAUGCAGCUUUGGAGGGGAAUGAAGGCAACUACAUUAUACCAAAUAAAGACAAUGUUAUUCUCGGUGGAACACAACAAGAAGGAAACUGGAACACAAAACCAGAUCCGGCUGAUUCCAUGUCCAUACAUAACGGGUGCUGCAAACUUAUGCCAGGACUCAAAGAAGCUGUGAUUGUGAAUGAAUGGGCUGGACUUCGCCCUGGCCGAUCUGAAGUGCGUCUUGAGAGGGACCAUGUAAGAGACAAAUAUGGAAAUAAAUUAGAGGUAAUCCACAACUAUGGUCAUGGAGGAAGUGGGGUCACACUGAGCUGGGGCUGUGCCCAUGAUGUAGUGAACAUUCUGAAAGACAUUCUCUACAGUCAACCUUCUACAGUGAAGCUUAGCUCCAAACUAUGACCAUUAGUUUUCAUACAGAAACCUUAAGAAUAUAACAAUAAAAUAAAAAUACUGUGUUGGGAGAGGGGAUAAUUAGAUACAUCUUAGAUAUUUUAGUUAGGGGUGCCAUUUUCAUGCUUAAAUAGGACAGAAAGAAUUAAUUAGGACCAAAAGUAUGUGAUAAAGAGCUACAUUGCUUAACAUUUAACAGUAAGUAAGAUUUGAGGCUUUCACGGCGGUGACUAUGAAGAAUGCAGUCUUCUGGGAUUUGGCACCGUGUAUAU